AAGCUGCUGGGCAAGGUCACCAUCGCGCAGGGUGGGGUGCUGCCCAACAUCCAGGCCGUGCUGCUGCCCAAGAAGACCGACAGCCACAAGGCUAAGGCCAAGUAAGAAAAGCUGAGGACAGUGCCUGGAAAAAACCAAAGGCUCUUUUCAGAGCCACCCACAAUUCCAGAAAAAGAGCAAAAUUGCCUUCAUAUAUUUUUAAGGUUUUUACGGGGAGAGUCUUUAACAUGUUUUGGAAGAGUACAACUAUUUUCCAAGUUUAAUUCUAUGCAAACACUUUAGUUCAUUUCUCUUUUUCCCUGUACCUUCCCACAUCAUGUCCCACCCCCGGAGUUUAACAAUCUGGCAGCUCAUGAACGGUUAUUCCCUGCCUAUGGCCAUUUCCCCCUCUCAAUUAGAUGUGAUCACAAAAGCAUUAAGUACCUGCUACUAUACUCACUUCUGUAAACAAGAAAAUAGACUUCAACUCCUUUAAGUACUGAAUUCAUCUGGAAGUGAUUUCUUUCUUCAAAGGAAUAAACCACUACCCACAUUACA